ACGCUGUGGGUGCGCGGGGCUGCGGCCACGGCGGCUGUGGCGGCGGCGGCGGGAGCCGCGAGUCGGGGCCGCCCGGGCUGUGCUUCGCCCGGGCAGCAGCGGUGGCGGCGGCGCCUGUGGCUCAGGAUGCGGCCGGGGGGCGCGCUGCUCGCCCUGCUCGCCAGCCUGCUGCUGCUGCUGUUGCUGCGCCUGCUCUGGUGCCCGGCAGACGCGCCUGCCCACACCAGGAUCCUGGUGGAGGAAAGCAAGGAGGCCACUCACGGCACUCCCGCAGCGCUGAGGACGCUCCGGAGCCCGGCGACCGCGGCACCGCGCGCCACGAACAGCACAUAUCUGAAUGAGAAGUCGCUCCAGCUGACGGAGAAAUGCAAAAAUCUGCAAUAUGGCAUUGAGUCUUUCUCUAACAAAACGAAAGGGUAUUCAGAGAACGACUACCUUCAGAUUAUCACAGAUAUACAGAGUUGUCCAUGGAAACGGCAAGCAGAAGAAUAUGCAAAUUUUAGAGCAAAACUUGCUUCCUGCUGUGAUGCUGUUCAAAACUUUGUUGUUUCUCAGAAUAACACUCCAGUUGGGACUAACAUGAGUUACGAGGUGGAAAGCAAAAAGGAAAUCCCAAUUAAAAAGAACAUUUUUCAUAUGUUUCCAGUGUCCCAGCCUUUUGUGGAGUACCCUUAUAAUCAGUGUGCAGUGGUCGGAAAUGGGGGAAUUCUGAAUAAGUCUCUCUGUGGAGCUGAAAUAGAUAAAUCUGACUUCGUUUUUAGGUGUAACCUCCCCCCAACCACAGGAGAUGUUAGUAAAGAUGUUGGCAGUAAAACAAAUCUUGUGACUAUAAAUCCUAGUAUCAUAACUCUGAAAUAUGGGAACUUAAAGGAAAAAAAAGCCCUAUUUCUGGAGGACAUUGCAACCUAUGGAGAUGCAUUUUUUCUUCUGCCAGCAUUUUCCUUCAGGGCCAACACGGGUACCUCUUUUAAAGUGUACUACACGCUCGAAGAGUCUAAAGCAAGACAAAAGGUUCUAUUUUUCCAUCCCAAGUACCUGAAACAUCUGGCCCUUUUCUGGAGAACUAAAGGUGUGACUGCGUACCGCUUGUCCACUGGCUUGAUGAUCACAAGCGUUGCAGUGGAACUGUGUGAAAACGUGAAGCUGUAUGGAUUCUGGCCCUUCUCUAAAACUGUAGAAGACACACCUGUCAGCCAUCACUAUUAUGACAACAAGCUACCUAAACGUGGCUUCCAUCAGAUGCCCAAAGAAUACAGCCAGAUCCUCCAACUUCACAUGAAAGGAAUCCUCAAACUGCAAUUUAGCAAAUGUGAAGUCGCCUAAACAAAGUAUCUUAAAAUGGGAAUAAUUUUAACAUAAUGCAGUAGGUGAUUAACAGUGUCUCCAAACACCAAAGGAGGUGGCUACAGAGUAUUCUAAGACGAGCACCCAAAUUUGGUUUGACCAAAGCUUCCCCACUCAUUUUGCAAUGAUGGCAAGUAAUUCAAUCCUUCUAAUCUUCAUUUUUUCUCCUUGUAACGUGGACACCAUGAUAUCUGACUCAUACACAUUUUUAUAAUUUAUGAAAAUUAUUGACAUGGCCUUUGGUGUGAGGUAGGGACUCAAAGAAUAUUUCUUUGUUACUAUUUAUACCAGCCAUCUCUUCACCAGACCGAUAAUAAAAGCAUGCUGUCUUGGACAUCUCCUCUAAAGAGAAUAGCUGCCUUACCAGUAUCCAUUGGAUUUCUUUCUGUGGCAGGUCUCUAUCAAUAAUAUCCUUCCCAUUUUUCUGCCUCAGUGACUGCAUACAAGAAAAUUAUAUACUUAAACAAGAAAUUAUUGAUCAUUCAGGAAUGGAAUUCUUCUCUGAGUAUGGCAGUAUGCCCACUUCUGAUUAAAUUCACUUUUAAUAGUAGCUGUGAUGAUAUGUUGGUUGGAUUUAAGCCAUUUAUUUUCCUCUUCUGUCUACAUUUCUCAUCACUUCAUAAUUUUAUUUUAACUUCCUGCCUCAUUCUUACACCUUUUUCUAUCUCACUUAUACGUUGUACUUCAAGGACAUGAAUGGUUACAAUACCCAGUCUUUGUUACCUGUUGUCUUGUCUGUGGGGUCACUCAUUCAAUUUUGUUUUAAAAUUAUUCAAUAACUACUUAUGCCAGGCCCUGCACCAGGCUUUGUGAGAGGGCGAGAAGGAUUAUUGCCCCUCAUAGGAGAAAACAGAUGUGCAUAUCAUUAAUUAUGAUAGGGUAUGAUGAGAAUUAUAAUGACAAAAACUAUGAAUAAAGUGCUACAAGGAACAGAAGCAGAGAUAAUUAAAUCCAUUUCAGUGGAAUCUAUUUCAAUGUAUAAUAGUCUCCCCUAAUCUGCAGAUAUGGGAAGACCCCCUGUGGAUGCCUGAAACCAUUGAUGAUAUUAGAAAUAUAUAAUUGAUUAGUAAAGGUAACACAAUAUACUGAAAUAAUUAAAUAUACAAUGUGGGGACUUUAUAUGCUAUUUUAAUAAAAAUUACAUAUAGUUAGGACAUUUAGAGCUUACUUAAGUUUUUUUCCCAUAUAAUAUUCUAUCCUGACUUAAAUAUUUUUCUGUAGAACAUCAAAAUAGAAUCUCUAGUGUCACUGAUAUGAAUUUCAGAAAUAUUUCAAAUGGCUUGAGAUCAAAGAGCAUAAUGAUACCCAUGUUCCAGUAAAAGCUCAGGCUAAAAAAAAUGUUUGCGGGUUUUCUUUUGUAGAGAAAAUUGUAGACAUUUCCACAUUAGCACAUCUGAAGUUUCUGGUUCGACAUCUGUGUUGCCAUCCUAAAAGCAUGUUUGAAAUUUUAAAACAAUUCUACCUAGAUUCACAUUAGCCAAAAAUCUUUGGGUAAACAGAUACCCAGAGAUUUCAUAAAGUGUGUUAUAGCCUGAAUUCAUGGUAAUUAAUCUACAAAUCUGCAAAAUAGUGUUCAUAGCUUUUCUUUUUAUUUUGAUCUUGGUGAAAAACUUGCAGUAACUCACUAUUACAGAGUGACAAGAACUGUGACUCAUGUUUUAUUAUUUACAUAGCUGAUGUGGUGUAUUGUCGAUAUCCAUAUUCUGUCAUAUUUAGACACAUUCAUUGUGACACAUAUAACGUGCAUUCUUUUUAUCUUUUUCUCCAGUGGAUCUGUAGCUGUGAUUUCACAACAGAUUGGGGUUGUUGGGCAUUACUUAGAACUUUCUAAAAUGCGAUAGAACAUGAAUGUUGACAAUAUCACACAUCAGCUAUGUAAACUGUAAAACAUAACUCACAGGUCUUUUUGUUCUGUAAUAGUGAAUUAUUGCAAAUUUUUCAAGAGCAAAACAAAAAGAAAAACUAUAAACUGCGUCUUGUAGAUUUGUAGAUUCACCACAACCAAGUCUGACUGUGACACUGUGUGUGUAAUCAGCAUAGCUUAAAUGUUUUUAGAUCUAAUGUGAUCUUCUGCUCUUACAGCUCAGGUACAACCAAGGGCAAUGAGAAUGGAAAGUCUGAGUUCUGGUACUAGACAAGAGUUGCACUUUAGGCCAGGCACAAUGGCUCACACCUAUAAUCCCAGCACUUUGGGAGGUCAAGGUGGGUGGGUCGCUUGAGGCCAGCAGUUCGAGACUAGCCUGUGAUAGUGAUAACCCCUCUCUACAAAAAACAAAAAAAUUAGCUCAGCAUAGUGGUGUGCACUUGUGGACCCAGCUACUUGGAAGCUAAGGAGGGAGGAUCACUGGAGCCCAGGUGGCAGAGGCUGCAGUGAGCUGGGACUGUACCACUGCAUUCCAGCCUGUGUGACAGGGUGAGAUCCUGUCUCAAAAAAAAAAAAAAGUAGUCCUUUAGUUAGGAUUCUAGCUCAUAAUGCUACAUACUAUCAGUUUCUAAGAGAAAUACUAGCUUGCUUGAUUCUAUUUUCCACUUGUUGUUCAGCCUCAUUGGGUAAUGAAACAGAAUAACAAGAUUCCAAUAUAAUUUUCAGCCAAAUCCAAAGGCAAGGCAGAAAUGUUCAUUUAAGUAUAUAGUCCAUAGUACUCUGUGGUCCCCGCAAAGGGCUCCAUGAUCAAUCACAUAAUGUUAAUUUUUGCACAGUAUAAUAAUCCUCUAACAUCCUUGAAGUCUCUGGUGCUUUUCCCUUUGAACAAAAGGCAAUGACAAACAGAUCAUGACUUUCGCUAAAGGAGAUUUCCCUCUUCAUGUGAGUCCUAACCCAGUAACUGUGUGGGCUCUCAGCCAGGUAAUCAGUCAAGAACUCUUUCUUUGAGGACUCUCUGCAGAAUACAGAAUUAAGCAGUAAAUCAGACCUGUUUUUGCCUAAAUUUUUCCUUGCUUACAAAAAAUUUACCAGUUAAGUAUUAUGUGAUGUCAAGUACCCUAAAUCAAUCCAUGAAUUAGGAAGCUUUGGGAAAAUUGGAAAAUUUUGUGGAAAACAGGUCCACUAACAUCCUAAACAGCUACCGCAGAAGUAUAGUUAUGAUGUGAUAUAGAGUAUAUUGUGACCUUCAAAACAUUUUAUUUAUCUAACAUGACAUGGAAACACAUUAUUAUGCCAUUAAAAAUUGGAGGCAUUGUAGGAAUUCAUCUGAUAUAUCUGAUGCACUUAAUCUAAUAAGAUUAUUUCUUUCUUUAUACUAAUAAAAAAAUUCCACUUGAGGCUGCUAGGAGUGUUUAAGAUGUCCUAUUUACAUGUGGCUUCAGAAGGCUGAUCCCAUAGUGAGGAACAGCGUCACCAGUACCCUCCCAAGAGUGGAAAGGCAAGAAUAUUUCUCACGCUCUUUCUUAUUUGGGGUCAUCACUCUUCCAGAAGCAUUCUUUUUUUCAAUUAAAAAAUGUGGGAGAUAUAUGAUAAAGAUGCACCACUUAUGUAAUGGAGACAGGGCAAACUCUUUAGCAGAUAGUAUUGAAACAUUGGCUCACUGCAUGGAGAAAAAUGCCUACAUUGCACCAUAUAAAAAGUUGGACUCCAGAGGAAUGAAAACGAUGGAUUAAAAAGAAAAUUUUAAAGCUCAUAGAAGAAAAUGUAGAAGAAUUAUGUUUGAGAUAUGGGUGAGGAACUGUACUUCUUCGACAUGACCCAAAAAUAUUUUUUUAAAGAGUUGGGCUAAGAAAGGAUAGCUAUGACUAUAUUAAAAUGAAGGACUUCUAGUCAGUGAAUGACACCUUAAAGUUAAUAGGCUGGGGACAGACUGAAAUAGCUUUUAGUAAUGCAUAAAAUUAAUGACAUUAAUAGACAUUCCAAGGAAUUAUAAAUCAACAAGUAAAAGACAGGAAACUCAGUAUAAAAAUGAACAAAAGAUAAGAAUGUAAUUUACAAAGGGGAAAACUGAGUAGCUAAUAAGAAUAGGAAGUGAUGCUCAAAUUUACCAGAAACCUGAGAAAUACAAAUGAAAGUGAGAUACUAUAUCCGUUGCAUUGGUAAAAAUUAGUAAGGUCAUGGUGGAAGUAUAAGCUGAUUGAAUCAUUUUGGAAAGUAACCUAGGAGUACUGAGUUAAUAAAAUUCAUCACAUGCCUGUCCCGUAGUCCAGUAAUUGCUCUUUUGGAUAUACAGCCUAGAGAAUUUGUUCUGAUCUGCACAAAAAAACAAGUACUAAGAUAUUUAUUCCAUUAUUGUUUGCAGUAGUAGACAAUUGGACACACAGAUGUCUGUUUCUUAGGAAGUCAGUGAACUAACUUGGCUGGAUCCAUGGUGUGGAAUACAAUACGGCAGUUAGAAGCAACUUAGUGGACAUAUAUAGAGAAAUAAGGGCAUAUCUAAGGGUAUAUCCUUAAAAUUUAGCAUAAAGGGAAAACAAGAGCUUUAGCACAAUGCCAUUUAAUUACAUUAAAGCAUAUGCAUGCAUACAUACAAACAUAUUCACGGCUACGUGUCAAAUACAAGAAGGGUACCCAUUAAGAAGAGAGUAAUCGGAGUGGGUUUAGGGAUAAAGAAGAAAAAUAUACAUGUUCUUAUAUUUAAUACAGCAAGCCUUUGACAUAUAUAUUCUUAAACUCACAUAUGAUAUUCUUAUUACUACAUAAAUAAAUAUAGAAGCUGACUCAAAAUGGUGAGUAGCUUACAUAAGUUUGCAUUAUAUAUAAGAGCAGAGCUAGUAUUCAACUCAUAUGUCUGACUCUAAAGCCAAUAUUAUUGCCAUUAUGUAAUUACAAAAUGAAAAGAAAAAUCAGUAUUAUCCCAUGUCAUUGACAUGUAAUAAACGGCACAUAUUUACAUACAUGCAGAUACCCAUGAAAUCGUCUCUCCAAUUAAGACAAUGUGUAUAUUCAUUUCCCCAAAAUGUUUUAUUGUGCUAUUUUGUAAUCCCUCCCUCUUCCUCCUCCCUGUCCAUCCCACUCUGGUCCCCAGAAAAUUCCUAAUCUGUUUUUCUAUAGACUAAUUUACAUUUUUACACUAUAGACUGUUUACAUUUUUUAGAAUUUUAUAUAAAUGGAAUCUUACCAUCUGUAUUCAUUUCUUGUCUUGCACUUUUGCUUGACAUAAUAAUAUUAAAAUUAAUUCAUGUUGAUUGUGUAUCAGUAGUUUAUGCCUUUAUUUACUGAGUAGAAUUAUGUUAUAUGGAUGUACCACAGUUGGCUUAUCUGCUCACUUAUUGAUGAACAUUUUAGUAUCUCCUGAUUUUGGCUAUUACAAAUAAAGGUAUCAUGAACAUUUAUGUGCAA